AUGAAAAGCCAGCCGCUUGGAAGGCCUCGGUCUGUUCGCGCUCCCCGUGCCAACAACGCCGUCGCUAUCGAUGACCUUCCUGCAUUAGCACCCAGUCCAUUCAGCAAAGAGCAACUAGAUUUGCUGAACAAAUUGAUCGGAAAACCACCUGAUCUGGCUGUUCUCGACCCCAUCAACGGCUUGCUCGCGCAUCAAUGUACGUUCCAUUAUGCCUUCACAGUCAAUCUAGGAUCCUUCGAUCAGUGGAUCAUCAAUUUCGGCACUUCUCAUCACAUGACUGGGGAUGUCUCCCUUCUCUAUGACUAUAUGUCGUGCGGAGACAACUUCACCAUCCGCGUUCCCGAUGGCUCCGUCUUCAAAGUCAUAGGCUUAGGCUCCGUGCGCAUCACCCAAAAUAUCCUACUCCGGAUGCGGACUCAGACGACGAUUGACAAUGCUGAGAUGUGCUCGAGUCUCUAUGUCUUCUAUGAUCUAUUUGGUGGCGGCGCAUGGCGCCGCAUUUCUUUCUUAUGCGGACAAAGGGUUGAAGCUAUAACCAUAAGGCAGUGGCGCAGCAGCCCACACUCUACUCCUUUGUCCAAGAAUUUAGAAAUUAGUUGCAAUGUCACCUACUCGAAUUGGUAUCGAUUUCAGCGGGUCGCCGCUCAGAGUUGGUGGGCUCCUCCUCGGCAAAUACAUAGUUGUCGGAGGGACAAAGGGUCUAAAUCUGACGGGGGAAAGCGCUUCGCCGUCACGGCCGCCUACAUCGAGAAGGAGAGGCCGGAAAAGGAGACGACGCUCGCCAUCAUUUCAACCACCGGCGGCUUUCUCGACGUCAGCGUCAUCAACAUAAGGGUCAAUGAUGCCCGAAGUAUGAACUAUCACCUCAUCCUCAGAGAUCACAAGUUUCACAGUGAGCCGAUCGACUUCGAUGAGAAGAAGGAAAGUUCUCGCGGCGGGCUUGUUGGAGCGGUGGUAAAGACGCUUGUUUUCGAACCAUUUGAGAAGGCUUUCCAAGUUCUGGAGAAUAUUUUGAUUUCUCUGCACAUCGGAGAGGCAAAGGUGGACAAGUUGGUGUACGUCGGGAAAGCGUCGAAGUCGGAAAAACUGAGAGAGGCGGCAAAUAAGAGCUUUCCCCACGCUGGGGAGUGGGAAGGCAUAGAUGAUCCUGAGGAGGUGGCGGCCCAUGGCGCCGCAUUUCUUUCUUACGAUGACAAAAGGUUGCCGGUAUCCCUGCCAGGCAGCAUCGCAGACGUGGGCCCAUGAAAUAAAAUAAGGCGGGUGCGUCCCUUAUAUAUAUAAAUAUAUAUUCAAAUAAAUAAAAGCUCUCUGCCGUUAAAAAAUAGCGUGGAUGAUAGGAAAAAAUAUUGCAUUCGGAGUCCCGACACGUAUAGAGGGAAUGAGCGGAGCUUUCAACUCCGCUGUAUCAUGUCUGUUAUCUAGACUCAGUUUAAGUACGGACUCCGGGCGCAAGCAUAAUCUUUCUUUCCUCUCCACGGAGAGAAUAUGAUGAUGUGUAUGGGUAUAUGCAUAAAUAUGUAUGUGAUGAUGUCUGUGUGUGUAAAAAAAUAUAAAUGUGUGUUUUGAAAUAAAUCAAAGCCCGUUAUGGCAUGA